AUUAUCCUUAAAAAUAUCUAAAAGUGGCCUUAGGCUUUCAAGUCAGCUGUGCCUCGACAUAAUCUCAUUUGAUUUCAGCGUGCUUAUUAAAUUUGCUUCCAAAAUGAAUCAGGUUUGGGUAUUCUUCAAGCUGAUCGAGGUGGUGCUGGGCAGCAUGUGUAUGUUUUUCCACGUAAAGGGAUCGCUGUACUCUGCAGAGCCCAUUCCUCACGUCCUCAUCUACUGUGCCACAUUCAUGUCCUUCGUGUUGAUUGCCGCUUUGGGUGCCUUUCGGCUGCUGAUCUCCCAGAGUUCGGUGCUCUCCACUCAGCUCCUGCUAACGGUCAGCGCCGUGAUCUUGCACUACUUGUGCGCUCUUUUGAUUAUGCAUACCGCCAUGAAGGAUCCCCACUUGGCUGCCAUCAACAACACCGUCGAGUACAUGGCGCACCCACACUUUGCGUACUGUAAGCAGCAGAGCAUAGCGUCGCUGCUCACGGGCACCAUGUACCUGAUGCAUAUGUUCCAUGUUCUCGACCUGCUGCUUCGCCUGGAGCCGGGGGACUGGCGGCGUCAGGCCGUGGGCCGCUUUAACAACAGAGGGUUUUCUGAGGUCGGAGGUCGUGCUGGACUCUACGUACUGACAAAGCCGUUUGACAACUUCCUCUGCCGCCACUGCCGCUGCUACUACCUUCUGGCCACCUCCCAGGUCCUGACCUUCCAAAUCGAGGAAAUGGAGAAUUUUAGAACUGUGGAUCGCAUAUGGCAGUUUUUGGGAAAUGUUCGUUUGAAGUUAUGUACAGUGUCAACCGUCGAGAGCGACGAGAGCUUCAUGUCCACGCCAUCAAUAACCUCCUCCAGUGAGUCUGAAGAAUACGAGGAAUUUGGAGUCGAAGAAGAAGAACAGGGUCGUGGCAAGGGGCGAAAGACUGCUGCUGGCAACUGGCGUGGUCCCAGUGACUCCUCCAGCUUGUGGGCCCAGAUCGAGGAUCGCAGCACUCUCGCAAAAACCAGGUCUAGUCACACCAGCGAAGCCACUGUCAGAACCGCUGUGACGGAUCGCAGUAGAAGACGCAGUUCCUCCGUCUGGGAUGAUCCCGAGAACAGGGAAAAGUCGGAGAUUUUGUUGGUGGAACAGAGUUCGCACAUUUUGGGCAGGGAAUCGGAGGAACCGAGAAAGUCAGCCCGCGAGUCAACUGUACGCUUUCGAGCUGAGAAUAAUGCAGAUGAAGAAAUCCAGUCUCCAAGGUCUAGUAAUUCCAAGCUAAAGCCAAGAUCUUCGAAAAGUGAGACCGCAGAGGAAAAAAAAGAAGACUUGGAGUUUCCAGAAAAACCAAAGGAGUGGAAGUAA